CGUUUAUGCUUCACUUACGCGUAUUUAAUUCAAUGCAUAUGCUGUACAUAUUGCAGAAAGGUUUCCUAACUGCGCACUUGAGUAUUUUUCAGGUGUGUUCAGUGUUUCGGUGCGGAUGCAGGUAUUCACUGCUGUUGCAUCUCAUCCUCCCACUGCUGCGUCACGCUGGAGGAGGGCGAGAUCUUUAAAUAUGGAACAAGACUCAAGACGAGCGCGACGCGGGCUGGUUUACGCGCAACGUGGAGCGUUUUCCGACGGGACGGAGAGAGUUCGUGAGCCUGUUGCGUUAUGACUGCUGGACUGACUCAAUGCAUUGUAGUUAGUAGAAGUAGCAGCGAAUUCUCUCUGGCUCCAGACAAACAGAAGUGAGUCUCUGUAUGUGCUCCUUCCUGCCUUUACGCAUCCAGACACGCUGAACUUGGAGCAGAUUCGCACUUGCGCGUAUUUUGAAAGUCUUUCUGAAGCCUGGGCAUACUUGAAUUCAGCGUAAGGAGAAGUAAGAGCGUCUCUGGUAGAAGAGGACGCGCGCGGCACGGUCAACAUGAGCGACAAAAACAAAAUGGAGGAUGAAGCCAUAGUGGACAGAGGAGCAUCUUACAUCAAAAAUGUGUGUGAUGAAGAGGUCGAGGGUCAUCACACAGUCUACAUUGGAGUUCACGUGCCUAAGAGUUACCGUCGCCGUCGACGACAUAGACGACGAUCCAAUCACAAAGAGAGGAGAGAGCGUUUGAUGGAAAACGUCAGCGACAAAUCAGACACAGAGACUGCAGACGAUCCGUCCUCCAGCAUCCUCAAACCUCUCAUUUCUCCAGCUGCAGAGAGGAUUCGCUUUAUUUUGGGGGAAGAUGACAGCGGUCCUCCUCCGCCGCAGCUCUUCACUGAACUCGACGAGCUUCUGGCCGUUGACGGUCAAGAGAUGGAGUGGAAGGAAACAGCCAGGUGGAUAAAGUUUGAGGAGAAGGUGGAGAAGGGUGGAGAACGGUGGAGUAAACCUCAUGUAGCCACUCUGUCUCUUCACUCACUCUUCCAGCUGAAAAACUGCAUCGAGAAAGGAACCAUCAAGCUGGACAUGGAGGCCAACUCACUUCAGCAGAUCGUCGAAAUGAUCACUGACAGUCAGAUUGAGAGCGGGCAGCUGAAGGCCGAUCUGAAGGAGAUGGUCAUGUACACUCUCCUGCGGAAACAUCGCCACCAGACCAAGAAGUCCAACCUGCGUUCGCUGGCAGACAUCGGCAAAAGCGUGUCGAGCGCGAGUCGUCUGUUCAGCAGCCAGGAGAACGCGCGCAGUCCUCUCGAUCACUCUGUGCCUUGCUUUACCACCUUAGAACCUGACGAGCAAAUUCAGAUGCAGAGAAGCAACAGCAUGGGACUUCUCUGUAGUCCGACCACGGCCCAUCGUAACCUGACCUCCAACAGCCUGACUGAUCUCUCAGACAAACCUGAGAAAGACCAGUUGAAUAAUAAAUUCAUGAAGAAGGUUCCCCGAGAUGCAGAAGCGUCAAAUGUACUGGUCGGCGAGGUGGACUUUCUGGACACUCCCUUCGUGGCGUUUGUGCGUCUCCAGCAGGCCGUCAUGUUAGGAGGACUCACCGAGGUUCCUGUUCCCACACGGUUCCUUUUUAUUCUGCUGGGGCCCAAAGGAAAGGCCAAGUCAUACCAUGAGAUCGGACGUGCCAUCGCCACGCUCAUGUCUGAUGAGGUGUUUCAUGACAUAGCUUAUAAAGCGAAAGACCGCGGUGACCUGCUGGCAGGCAUUGAUGAGUUCCUGGAUGAAGUCAUCGUGCUUCCUCCAGGUGAAUGGGACCCUGACAUCAGGAUCGAACCUCCUAAAUCCAUCCCGUCUGCAGAUAAACGUAAAAACAAUAUUGCCGGAGGGGAAAGUCUUCAGAUGAACGGCGGUACUCCUCAUGACGGGAGUCCAGCAGGCGGCGGUGGCCACUCGGUCGGUGAUGAACUCAAAUUUACUGGCAAGUUUUGCGGCGGUCUCAUUCUGGACGUCAAGAGGAAGCUCCCGUUUUAUGCCAGCGACUUUUACGACGCUCUCAACAUACAGUCGCUGUCUGCCAUCUUGUUCAUUUACCUGGGAACCGUCACAAACGCCAUCACCUUCGGAGGGCUGCUGGGAGACGCCACUGACAACAUGCAGGGUGUGUUGGAGAGUUUUGUGGGGACGGCGUUGGCUGGGGCUGUGUUCUGUCUGUUUGCGGGUCAGCCUCUCACUAUCCUGAGCAGCACCGGACCCGUGCUCGUCUUUGAGCGCCUGCUCUUUAAUUUCAGCAAGGAUAAUGAUUUCGACUAUCUGGAGUUCCGGCUGUGGAUCGGUCUGUGGUCUGUCCGCCAACUGAUCAGUGACUUCGCCAUUAUUCUGGCCAUUUUGAUCUUCUGUGGUGUGGAUGCGCUGGUCGGUGUGGAUACACCCAAGCUACUAGUGCCAAGUGAAUUCAAGCCGACGAGUCCAAAUCGUGGUUGGUUUGUUCCUCCAUUUGGAGGAAACCCGUGGUGGGUUUACCUGGCCUCGUUCUUGCCUGCUCUUCUGGUCACCAUCCUCGUCUUCAUGGACCAACAGAUCACGGCGGUCAUCGUCAACCGCAAGGAGCACAAGCUGAAGAAGGGAGCCGGGUAUCACCUGGACCUGUUCUGGGUCUCCAUUCUUCUGAUCGUGUGUUCGUUCAUGGGUCUGCCGUGGUACGUGGCAGCAACCGUCAUCUCCAUCGCACACAUAGACUCCAUCAAGAUGGAAACUGAGACCUCGGCACCCGGGGAACAGCCCAAAUUCCUUGGAGUCAGGGAGCAGAGAGUCACAGGAACAAUGGUGUUUAUUUUGACGGGUCUGUCGGUCCUCAUGGCCCCCAUUCUGAAGUUCAUCCCUAUGCCCGUGCUGUACGGUGUGUUCCUCUACAUGGGUGUUGCGUCUCUCAAUGGCGUCCAGUUUAUGGAUCGUCUCCAGCUCUUGUUGAUGCCUGCAAAACACCAACCAGAUCUGAUCUACCUGAGACACGUACCGCUCAGACGAGUUCACUUGUUCACCUUCAUACAGGUGCUGUGUUUGGCUCUGCUGUGGGUGCUGAAGUCAACUUUUUUAGAAAAAUCACGAGUCGCAAAUAUAAUCAUCAGGCUUUUGAGAACCAUUCUUGCGUUGGUCGCGGUGAGAAAAGCCAUGGAUUAUGUGUUCUCGCAGCACGAUCUCAGUUACCUGGAUGACAUCAUGCCUGAGAAAGACAAGAAGAAGAAAGAGGACGAGAAAAAGAAGAAGAAAAAGAAAGGGAGCAUUGACAGCGACAUGAACGACGAAAGCCCAUGUCCUUCCUCACUCCCUACUGAUGGAAAGCACUUUUUCCUUUCCAAGACUGUGUCAAGUCAGGAUUUAAACCCCUUUAAGAAAACUGUGCCUCAGAUUAGAAUCGAUUUGGACCCCGACAACAACAAAUUCUUCUGGAAAACUCCAGCCUCCGAAACGUCUCUUUAAGCACUCCUGAAAACACUUUCUCACACACACUUUUAGGUCCAGAUGAUGGUUUGGUCAAUCAGCUAAACAGGAAUGUUUCUUUUUAAAGUCCAAAAAAGACACAUGUCAUUUCGACACUACAACC